AUGGAGCCCUCAUCAACAGGCGAGGGGACUGGGAAGCCCCAGGAUAGUGCCUCCCCGGGCGAUCUGGUUGAUCUUGGGAAGAUUCAAGCUUUGCUCCAAGCAGAGGACGACACCAAAACAUUCACAGGGCUUGCUCUUGUCAAGUCGCUGCUCGAUAACUCGCCACAGCUUCGGGACGACCAGGAUGCAAUCCAAAGUCUCUGGGGCAGUAUUUCCGCCAAGUUCUUGCGAAGGCUGAUCCGAACUGGCUCUUCUUCGUCCAACUCCAAUGGACAGGACAUGUUAAACUUGGCCGUCUCUGUCAUGCACACCUUUUCCGUUCUCUUGCCAGCAGAUGCCCUUGGGGAACCCAAGUUUACUCGCUGUAUACCGCUUCUGAUUCAAGCGGUACUUAAUAGUUCGCCUGAAAUCAUGGAUAGUCUACUGAGGUUACUGUAUACCUUGUCAAGUGUACCGCAAGGAGCCAAGGCCAUUAUUGAAGUCGAGGAUCUUAGUCCGCUUACGGAAGCUGCGCCCUCAAGCCCUCUGGUCCUGGAUAUUAUUCUUUAUGCGUUUCUGAACACAAUGAGUACUCCUGAAGGGAAGCAGACGCUUGUGUCCCGUGUAAACGAUACGAUACAGAGCCUUGUGUCCUCGUUCAAGGGCACCGACUCCGUCACACUACUCGAAUUCCUAGGCAGUCUAUUGCGACAAGUCGACUCAUCUAUAUUUCCGCCAAACCCCCAGUGGCUGGGUGCCGUCGUAGGGUAUAUUCAAAAUCUGGUGAGAAGCCGACCCAGCCCUGAAGCACGGUCUGCCUACACCAAUGCGACGGCUUCUUUGCUUCAGGUAUAUCCAGACGAUGCCUCAAAGUUAUUAUUCACCGACGAUAAAGACGCGGAUAAGCCCCUCGGCUAUUUACUGGUCAAUUUGCUAUUGAUCGACAUCCGGUCUUCAGCUCCCACCCUAUUAGCGAAAAUUAACAGUCCGGAAUAUCCAAAGAUUUCCCGAAGGUUGGCUUCGGCGUUCGAUACCACCACUAUGUUUAUCGGCUUUCUAGUUCGAUCACUUGAGGAUGAAUCCAUGGGGUCCUUGGUCAUGUCGCCUGACAGCCUUCUAAAGUUGCGGCAGACGAUUUCAGAGACUAUGUCGGUGACGGUAGAGUAUCUUAGAGACAGGUGGGAUGCAUCAGUUGCCGGUGCCAUGGGCCUUCAUCCAGAAGCGAGAAGUGCCAACACAGUGACAUCGAUGGGGACCAGGCAGACUCUGGCGUGGGACUCGAUGAAAGAUGCGGCGGAGCAAGACCCAUUCAUACUCUCCGCCAUCCGGGCAUUGGCCUUGUGGCUGAGAGAAGACGAGAAUGACUCUCUUAGGAAGGAAGCUACCGGCUUGACAGAUAUGUUUAUGGACCUGUACACUUCGAAAACCUCCGGUGACCUAGAUUUCCGGUCGCCUAUUCUUGUUGCGCUUGAGCCGCUCGUCACGAUCAAACGGGGCAGAGAGAUCUUGUUGCAGAAUGGCGGAUGGAAGGUGCUGGCCCAAGACCUGACAAACAUCGUACGAGAACCACCGAGCCGCGAAGACGAUAUGAUACGAGGCAUCGACGUCAUUCGUGUCCUUCUCUCUGUCGUAGAGCUAGAGAGAGGUGGGACUUCUGAAGAGUGGAUGGAUCUUAUUACGACUGUGGCAGCAUGGGACCUGCCCGAUCCCCCACAGAGCCCCAGCGUACAGGAGUUUGAGAUUUCGUUGUUGCAGCUCUGCUGUGUCAUUUUGGCAAACGCAAGCUCUGGAACGAGAAAGAGAUACAAGCAUUCGAUCAGCUCGAUUGCCGGGCUUGCCAGCCAGUUGGAAAGAAGCACCAAACCAACCGAUCCCUUGAGAGAGCAGCUGGGUGAUGUACUCGACAUGCUCUCAGAAUUACGAUAA